AUGAAGUGUGGGCUCUUAGACGUGGCAGAGGCAAUGCAGUUUCUUCACCAGGAUGCCAAGACGGCACAUCUUGGCUUCUCGCCUUACAGCAUCUUCAUAGACCCACAGGGCAAGUGGUUGCUGGGCAGCCUUGGCUUUUCCUUCAGCGGUGUGCAGUGGGGGCAGCUGAUGGACUGCCCCUUCACUUUCUCGGGACAGGAGGCGCCGGGAACUUUAUCCUUUGAGCCGCCUCCUAGGUAUGCUGCGCCAGAGAUGUGCGCGUUUCCUGGGAAAUGUGGGUUGGAGUCAGACAUGUUUGCCAUGGGUCUGCUUACGUACGAGUUGAUGUGUGUCGAUCGGCAGCCGUUGUUAAGAUCUGCUCCACGAGGUUUCAACACGAGCGUCCUUCGACAACAAGCCGUUCCUCCCGAGCUGUAUCCCAUCCUCCUGAAGCUUCUGAGUCCCAACCCGUCUGAAAGACUCACGAUUGCAGCCUUCAUCAACUCUGAGUUUUUCAUGGACGUCAACGUGCUCAUCCCAGGGCUUUUGUUCGAGCCAUUCGUUUUCUGGAACAGCUCAACGAAAAGGACGAGGCACAGCGUAUUACUUUUCUUCGCGGACUGCCAAAGCUUUUGCAGGAGAUCCAUUUGGAACGUUUGUUUGAAGACAGAGCUGCGUCUACGCUUCGGAAACAUCUUAGUGGAUGGCGAUUGUGGAUGGAGUUCUGCUUCUCGCUGGGAUGGUCAGUGGGAGUCGAGUAAGCAAAGGGAUGGGUGUUUUAUCGGCGAUGCGUUUUGUUGCGUGGAGUUGAAGGGCCUGCGGCAAUCGCUUGAUUGCCAGUUGGUUCGGGUUUGGUCCUCCCGGGACAAGUGGCAGAAAGGCCAUACACGUGAAGCCAUCCCACUUUCCCUUCAUAUGGUCAAGAAUUUGGAGAUAGCUUGUUCUUCUGCUGCGGAGGAUGACGUUUGGCUGAUCUUAUGUUUUCUUCUGAUGAUCUUUGGUAGUUUGCGUUGGAGUGAUGCUCAACGGAUGGAUCUGGUUUCUGUGGUGUGCGACAAAGAUUGCUUAUAUGGCUGGUCGUGGCGCUGCAAUCAAGAUGCUGCAGGAAUGCCCUGGGGCGUCGUUUGUGAAGGUGUCUCUGGUGGCAAGUGGGGGCAUAUGUUUUUUCGUGAGCUGUCGCGUUUGCGAUCUUUGUCUCCAUCUCGGGACUUCUUGAUUGGUAGAUCUGGAAGUCCUAUUGGCUAUUCAACUGCUCUAGCUCACUUCAGACGUUGUUUGGUCAAGUAUUGCGGCCUCACGUUGGCUGCAGCUGCUGAGUUUACUAUGCACUCCAUGAAAUGUACAUUCUUGACCUGGGCUCAACAGGCUGGAGUGGGUUCUCGCGAUUCCGCUGCGCAAGGUCAUCAUAGAGAGCCAAAUGUCAACAAGUGUGUGCCGAAGUAUGGACGUGAUGAUGUUUUUCCUCAACUGCGUUGUCAGCGUGUAGUGCUGGAUAAGCUGGCUACGGGUUGGGAGCCUUUCGUGCCUUUGCGUAGGGGUACUACCCAUCUACUUGAUCUACAUGGGCCAUCAUUGGACUUUGCUGCUGCGACAGCCACUGGUGAGGAUGUUGCGUGCAGUUCUGUCGAGCAGUGCGUGUCUGGAUCGGAGACGGAGGUGUCGGAAGACGAGGAUUCAGACGCGGAAGGCUCUGUGUGCAGUAAUUGCGAUAGCGAUGAGGAGCUGGCUGAGGUUGUCGUGGAGAAGUACGUUACAAGUCAACUUUUCUUUCAUGCGUUUCGGAGUUUGGAAAAGCUGGAUGCUUAUGCUCACACUGCUCUAAUUGUGGCCAAGCUGAUUGUUUCUGAUGCGGUUGACUGGGACAUUCACCCUGCUGUAGCCGCUUUGAGAUCAGUGUGGUGUGAUUUGAAGGAUUGCAAACCUCCUUCGUCUGGUUCUCCGAGCGUGGUCGAGUCCCAGCAGCUGGCAUUGCCUUUUUUGCAACUUUCCUCACGCAUGUCGGCUGGAGAUCGGCAUCAGUUGGUUGAGAAGUUCGAGAAGAAUUAUCCUGGUGUGUUUAUCUCUGACAUGACAUUGCCGGGGCUGCAGCUCUUGCAAUCGGUGCGAGCGCAGUGUUCAAAUCGGUCCUGGGAGUGGAUCUCCUGGAGGAAGAUUCUCAGCGAGGACACUAUUCAGCGCAUGCGAGAAAAGAAAAAGUCAACUAAGCCGAAAGAUGCUUGGGAAUAUUUGGCUAUGAGCAAUGGCUGGGAAGCCGAAGAGGUUGAAGACGUUGGUGCAUCCCCUUUCCGAGUGGAAAAAUUGCUCGGAGUGCGCGCCAAUGCCUAUGUCCUUUGCGGUUGCGGGCACCCCUACAGCUGGGCGCAGUACAAUGCGCAAUUCAUGGCCCUUUACACGGAGCCGCCUGCUGAAGGUUAUCGGCUUCCAACUGUAAAAGAAGCUGAGGAGGCAGAUCGGCAAGUUGUUGGUGAAGUGUUCAAGCUGCUGUACCAGGGGGAGCUGCCUGAUGAUGCUUUGCAGACAGUCGUGAAGGAGCGGGACUGCCUCCGUCGACUUCUCUUUUGCCCACCGAAAGGCAACAAAGGGGUUGGCAAGGGCAAGGAUAGGGACUUCGCGGUGAAGCCAAAUCCUAAGAUGCCUCUCUCGAGGCGUCGUGUGAAUGCCGGUGACAGCGUGCCGGCGAAGAAGCUGAAGCGCUCUUUGUGUGACGCCUUCCAGAAGCACAAAUGCAAGUUUUCAGCUGAGGAGGUCGAGGUUUUGCGCAAGGAGGUUUUGUCAUUCCUUUCCAGCAAGGGUUUUGUGUGCGACGACAGCGUGAUGGACAACCAGCCCUUUCUGUUGAGUGUGUGGCAAGCACUGAGUGUGUGGGAAAAGGUCGCGGAACCUGUCGCUGUCGAGCAGGAUCUGCGUGUGCACCUUGAGCCGUGGCGCAGUGCUUCUGAUAAUUUGGCUUUGGCAAGAAAGCUUGUCAUGGAUGAUGUUGCCGCGGGCCAUGCGUUUGUUCUUCCUGGAGGAGAAGCUGAAGCUCGUGCGAGAUGGGGGGAUCGUAUUGCUGCAGGCAAAUUUGGUGUAGUUCAGGUGCCUGGCAAGAACCCGCGACUUAUUGGGGAUGGGUCCGUCAGUGGGGCCAACGCAGCUAGCCAAGUACUUGAGAAGGUACGAAAUCCUUCGUUGCACGCCGUGCAACGAUUUCUGUCUUGCGUUGACAGCACUGUUAGCUGGAGCCUCUGCAGUUUUGACGUCAAGGGAGCGCACAAGUUGGUGCUUGUGAGAGAGGAUGAGCAGGAGUAUUCUUGUUUUGUAUUGGAUGGUGUUUGGUACUGUUAUCGGAGUUGCUAUUUUGGAUGUAAAUGGGCUGCGUAUUGGUUCAGCCGAGUUGGUGCUUGGUUGGUCCGGAUGCUUCAUCGUGUGAUUUGGGUGAAGCACGGAAUGUUUCUGUUUGUGGACGAUGGGCUGGAGUUCCUGCCUACUGCCGUGGGUCCACUUCUGGCGCUUCAUUCUCUAAUGUUUCUUUGUGGUAUCGGUGUGCCUUUGAGCUGGGGCAAGUUGCGCUUUGGCCAGUGCUUGGUUUGGAUUGGUUGGAAAUUUCACGCAGGUACAUGCCAAGCCAGUUUACCGGCGGACAAGGUGGCCAAGGCUCUCGAGGCGCUAUGUCCUUUGCUUCACAAGGGCAACAAGGUGGAACGCAGACAGGUCGAGAAGGUAGUGGGAUUUCUUGGUUGGUUCUGCGGCGGGGCUUUCUGGCUGCGUGCCUGGUUGGCAGCCCUUUACAAGCUGUUGUACAAGCCGUGUGCGGUGACUCGAUUGCUGUGUGUGGACGAUUUCUUUUCGCUAGUUCAGGUACUGGGCCAGGAUUUGCGGGUUACGCAGUCUUUGCUCUUUUGCGAUAUUUGCGCUGGCUGGAAGCUUCACUCUGUAAACAAUGCGAUGAUCAAUUCUCUACAUUCGACUGCUCUUUUGUCGCCACGGAUACGUCAUGGAUGCAUGAGUGUGGUGUUGUACAACUAUGGUUCUUCGACCUGUCUAGUGGACUCGCAGUCAGUCAAGGCGGCUACUUUGUUUUACAAUGCCAUUUCAGUAAGUUGGUGGUUGCCGGAUGGCGCACCAGUGGAUGCGGCCGAGAUACAUUGGUUCAGCGUUCAGUUGACCAGGCAUGCUCAACUGCUUUCUUUUACAGUGACCGUGCAGUUUCGUCAGCUUUGUGACAACGCUGGGGUUACUGCUGCCUCGGUAAAGUCGCUGAGUCAGAAGGAGCCGUUGUCUUUUGUUCUGCAGGCGCUAGGCGUAUUGUUCAGAGAUCUGAACCCGUUGGUUGGGGAGCUUGUCACACCUGAAGUUGGGAGAAGCGAUUGGGCUGCGGCCGACACAAAGAGCCCCCUUUGCGGUCAGCGCGUCAUGCGUGAGCGUGCUGCCCAGACUUUGUGGCCAGAUGCUAAGCUGGAAGCCUCCGGUUGGCAUGGAGGUCAUGAGAAGGAGGAUGAUAAAGCUAGGAAGCAGGGCGAAAGGCUGUUCAAGCAGGGUCAACUGCAGAUUCAGAAAGCGAAGGCUGCAUUCGUCGACCAGGCGGUAGCCGAGUACGAUGCUGCUAUCCGGCUGUUCGGCGAGGCGAUCUCGCUGCGCCCCGAUGCUGUGGCGUACCGCCAGGCUCGUGGUCGCUGCUACAUCGCCGUGCAGCAGUACAAGCUGGCACAUUCGGACUUCGUGGUGUGCUGCAAGCUGGAACCAGGCCAGGCUCGGCACUUUGCUCAUCGGGGGCAGUGCUCCAGACGCCUCGGGGAUGUGAACGGUGCGCUCAAAGACUACGACGACGCAAUUCGUAAAGCGGAGAGAGACCUGUCUGAGAACCACCAGCGGCAGGCUGCUGAGUACUACUUUGAGCGGGCGCUGGUGCACAUUGAUUUGGAGCUUUACGACAAGGCGAUUGAAGGUCUCACUCAGGCCCUCGACAAGCGCCUGCCUGCUCCAUACAAGGCUUUCUUUCAUCGUGGAAUCUGCUAUAGACGAGUUGGGCAAGUGGCGGAAUCCAUCCAAAACUUGAAGGAGGCCAUCAACCUUGACACGACCAGCGCCGACGCUCACAACCACCUCGGCUUGUCUCACAUCCAGGAGCAGAACUUCGAAGAAGCGAGAAAGUGCUUUGCAAAUGCCGUUGAAAUAGAUACCUGCACCAGGUAUUUGAACAACCGUGGUCUGGCAAGCUAUCACUUGGAAGAGUACAUGGAUGCGGCCGCUGACUUUACGGCGGCUCUUGAGGCAGAGCCCGACAAUGCCUCUGUGCUCUUCAACCGUGGAAACGCUUACUUCCAGCUUGGAGAGCACCAGGAGGCCCUUGAUGAUUACGCAGAAGCCAUUCGGCUAGAGCCGGACAAUGCGACCUACCUGCACCACAAGGGGCUCGCCUACCAGGGCUGUGGAGAGGUGCGGGAGGCCAUCGCCUGCUACGAACAGGCACUGCAUCGAGACCCCGGCCACCAUCCCUCUCGGUUCCAUCUUGGCAUCAUGUGCCAUGCAGAUGGGCAGUACGAGCGUAUGUGUGCGCAGGGCAGCUUCACAGACAUGAAGAGCGCACUGAAGAAGUCCGAUGCUGCACCGGGUGAUACCGAUGGUACCCCAACUACCAGCUCGAACUUGUCGAUGUGGACGACAAGUCCAGGUGAUUCAACAGACUCGCCGCAUCCGGAUGAGAACCUGGAGCAGCUUGACAACUUGGAAGCUUCGAACGUGGAUUCCUCUGUAAAGUCGCUUUCAGGCGCGCUGGAGUUGGCGGACAGCUUCCUCGCUUCGACUGAAGAGGGCCUUCAUGUACAGAGCUCCGACUGUCCGCCACCAGCCGACCCAGCCGCCAGCACCAUUCCAGAAUCUGCAGAACCUGUUGCCCUUAAAAGAGAGGCUUCACGCGGAAGCUUGCUCAGAAGAACUUGUCGCAUCCAAGGAGGAUUGCCAUCAGCUUGUCCAGAAGCGAGGCCCAGCGCUGGGUUGCUGGAAUUGCAAGAAGCAGCAACAUCAAUCCUGGAAGAAGCGGAUUUCAACGUAACACUCCCUUCAUGGCCACAGAAGAGGGCAGAGAAGGCAGCAUCUGAGUGCAAGCGAGACAACGCCGCUAUGCCGGGAUGCACUCAUGUUGGUGGGCCCUCUGUGCCCGUCACCAGGGAGGAGAAGUCCGAAAAGGCCGAGAAGACCGAAACUUCCGAGGCCAAGCCCAGAAAGGAGGCUCCAGCGGAGGCUCCAGCUAAGGCUCCGGCCGAGGCUGAUUCCGUGGCCUUCCUUCCAGUGCGCCGACGUGUCCGGUGCAAGAGUAAGGCUCCACGUCCCACGUGCGUGGAGGACGGAGCCUGUGAACCCUCCUUCUUCCGUUCACAGGAAGAUUUCGAGGACUUCUGGAUAGCAGCCCUGGAGAAGUCCUUGGAUGAUGAGGAGGAAGAGCAUGGAGAGAGUCUGCUACGAAGACGAACUCCCAAGAAUCGCCUCGAAGCAUCCAGCGGAGAUGCAGUCACGAAGACUCUGAAGAAAGGCCUGUCAUCCUUCAUGGCGGACGCUAAAGCCCGUCCUGGGAAAGGUGCUUUGGAGGCCUUCAAUGGGGGUGUGCCACCAGACGAAGCUCUCCACGAGGCUCGUGGCUUGGUGUACAGAGAUAUGGGCGACUAUCAGACGGCCUUGGUGGAUUUCGAUGCGGUGAUUGACCUGGAGCCUGAGAGAGGAAGGCACUACUACAAUCGCGGCGUCGUUUAUCACCGCAUGGGCCGAGAGCAGGACGCCAUCGAAGACCUUUCGAGAGCGAUCGAGCUUGGCAGCACUGAGGCCGCAGUCUUCAGUGAACGUGGUCUGGCAUGGAGAUCCUUCGGAAACGUGGCGCAGGCUGUGAUUGACCUCUCCGCAGCCAUUGAAGCAGAUGGCACCCAGACAUUGUACUUGUCAAACCGUGCGCAGUGUUUGUUCGAGCAGGGCCUCUAUGACAGAGCCGAGGCAGACUUGAGCCGCGCUCUUCAGAUUGAUGGACGUGAUGCCGAGUUACUGUACAGGCGCGGCAUUACCCGCUAUGCUCAGCGGCAUUACGCAGAGUCCAUAGCUGACCUGAAAGCAGCCCUGGCUCAGGGCCCAAUACCCGGGCAUGAGGCAGAGGUCUACUACCACCUAGGCGUCUCUUAUGCAAAUCUCGGGAAGCACCAACUUGCCGUUCCGGUCUACGACCAAGCAAUCGGCCUUGCAAAGGGCGAUCGUCCCCAUUACUUGCAUGAACGCGCAAAAAGCUUGCAGAUAAUCGGCGAGCACAAGCGCGCGCUGGAUGACUUUUCCAGAGUUAUCGAUUUGCAGCCAACGAAUGCCCGAGCGAUGUUUCGCCGUGCCUUCAGCUUCAAGGCCGAGAGCAUGUACGAAGAGGCAGCAGAGGACUUCGAGGCCGGUGACCACAGAGAAAGAGCAGCUGUCGUGAUGCAGAUGCUACCAAGCGAUCUCUCUUACCAUCCGCUCUUCUACAGUGACGACACCUGGAAGGUUGCUGAUCGCCUCGUGUCUGGGAAGCUGCUGCAGUCGGCUUCGGAUGACGUGCUACAAAGCUGGCAUCGAGUCUCUAGUGUCCUGCAACACAUGUCGCUAGAUACUGGACUUCUGGAGCCACACUUCCGCUGGGCGCAUGCGAUCCUCCGCAGCCGCGGUCACGCCAUCCAAUUGCGCAGCCAAGACGGUGAAUGGCUCAGCACUUGGGGCUUGAUACCCCUGGCAGACAUGAUCAAUAUGGAUCCGAAGCCUAAUGUAGACUGCCGAACACGCUAUGCAGGCAAAGAUCACUGGGGCUUGGAGGGCGAAUUCGUCUGCAAAGCAUUGGAAAGGAUCGACCCAGGCCAGGACCUGUGGACAGAGUAUGUCUCCAGACCAGAGCUGCGCACAAGCGCAACCUUCCUGCGUGACUAUGGCUUCGUGCCGACGGCCACUGACAACAAUGCUUUGAGCUGGCUUCCGCCGGGGUGUACACGUCUCCAGUGCAUGGUACGUCUGGAUCAUGCGCAGCUGGAAGAGUACUUCGGAGAUGUCGGUCACUUCCUCGAGGAGGCCCUGCACAACUCUUCCUUCGUGAUAGAGGCGGCAACACUGCCUGCCUUGAAGCUGUUGGCGCAGCAAGAGAAGGAGCUCCUUCUAAAAAUUCGCGAAGAGUGGUUUGCCAAGACCAUGUUCAAGAGCUGGCGAGGGGAGGCGGAGGAAGCUUUGACACCAACUUCGCCCAAGGCGCAACAACUCUUCGAGGUGUUGCGGUCUCCCGAAGCCCUCCACACCGUUGAAUGGGACAGGGCUGUUUGGGCUGCCGGUCACUUGCUGACAUUGCAGUGGGAUGAGGCUUUGGCUGCUGAGGUUCUGUACAGCCAUCAUGAUUUUGAUCCUGAGCUUGAGCAAGUAUUCCGUGCACAUCGGAGAGAAGCAAUUAACAAGACCACGUUGCAGUGUGCAUUUGCCACACAAGCUCUUCUGAACGACUUCGCGUGGCCAGUGACUGCGGAGGAGCAGGAUGCCAUUUCUUCAAGCUCGGAUCCCAUUGUAAGAGCGAUGUUUGUGCCUGAAAGUCUCCGAGCAUCAAGAUGCCGAAGAGCAAAGGCGCUUCAAUCCGAACGCGAGUGGGAAGAGCAAGCAACCAUUGAAACCUGUCCAUACUGGAGAGGUUCUGAGGAACCGAGUGUUCAAGAGCUGUAUGCCUCUCAUCCAUACCCUUCAUGGAGACGCUUCGGGUUUAUGGAAACCGAGAAGAAGAAGAUCAUGCGCAGCUUGAUUGCCGGUGUCGGCACAGGAAAGGGGGUUCUGGCACACAUGCAGCACUUCGAUCCGCAAGAGAUUCUGGCCGUCGAUCUCAGCAAGCGCUCUCUGCAAGUGGCCAAAAGACAGCUCCUUGCACUCGGCGUUCGUAAUGUUGUUCUUUGGCAGUGUGAUCUCACUACACUGGAGGGACAGUUCGACGUCAUAGAGAGCAUAGGCGUGCUACAUCAUCUUCCUGAUCCAGCUGCUGGCUUUGCAGCGAUGAAGCGACUGCUUGCACCGCAGGGAACGCUGGUUCUUGGGCUUUACAGCCGCACGGCCCGACGCAGCAUUCCUGUGAUGCGUGACUUAGCAAGGGAUGCAAGCUACCACCAGUUCCGAGCCUGGCUGACAAGUGGUGAUGUGGCAGCACCCAGACGGAACAUGACGAACGACGAGGAGGUCUACCGACAGGAGUUUUUGUCUGAGUUUUCCAUAAGCUCUCGGAGUACGUUUGAGGAUCUGCUUCACCAUCCCGUCGAGCAUGUUUUCGAACUUCCAGAGUUGGAGGAGCUUUUGUCUGCUGCUGGACUAAAAAUUACCGGCGUGCGCGUGCCAACAGGAGGGCAUGGUGUGGCAGAACGCUGGCUACCGUACUUUGCACCGCAACGUCGAGAGAUUCAAGGCUGGCCACCUAUGCCACUUCUGGCCUUCCUACACCGCAUCGAGACAGAGAAAGAGCCGCUGCUCUUCACGAAUAUGUACGUAUUUACCGCGAGCCACGGCAGUUCAGGCAUUCUCGUAAAUGUAUCACGCUGGGUCUCAGCCUCCGCCGUAGAAGAUGUGGAAGCCCUUCCGCUUCCCUUUGAGCCAGAGUGGUCCAAAGAAUUACUGGACUCAGCUAUCCGAGUCUUCUGCUCAAGGCUGUUUUACCAUGUGAGUGGCACGGGCAGAUGGGAUGUGUCUGGAACUCCUCCCUGGCUCGAGGCUAAAGUUGCAUUGGGUCCCCACGCAGCUCGAAUCGCUCGUUCACUGCAGACAGAAGAUGCGGUUGCGGGAUAUUGCAGGUGUGGACUUGUUAGCGUCUCCGGGGAUUUCGCUGGGAGGCUUGGGUUCAUGGAGCAGGCAGCCAAAGAAUUCGCACCGGACGAUCCACGGCUCGUCAUCAACUACCGCAAGGUGGGUCGUGGAGCAGCUGUUGAAACAACCUGCAGUUGA